AUGAAGCAACACUCGAGACAUGCCUUGUCUCUCAUGAUUUCCACAUCUCCAGUCGUGUUCAAUCACAAGAUGAAUAAUUAUUCAUCAAAGAGUCUCAUUGUUCAUAAGAAUAACUCCAACACUUUAUCGAUCAUCUCCAAUAGACAAUGCGAAAACAAGUAUCAUCAAAAACUCGGAAUUGGAGAAUAUUUUUCAAUUUUGCAAUCAUCUCUCAAUAAUCAUCAAUCCUCCUUGCUUUCCUCUUUUAAUCAUAAUGAUCAUCAAUGUUUUCAUCAUUGUUGUAAUCACAACCUUUCUCAAACACGAAUAAGAACGAUUGUAAAACAGCCUUCUCAAAACAAUUCAUCAACAACAAAUUCUUCCACUUCAACAACUUUUACACAACAACACGAUACCAAAAAGAAUGAUUCAUCCAAUUGUGAACCCCAACUUUCGGAUGACUAUGGUCGAGAAACUGUAUAUGAAGAAAUGCAAGAAGAAUCAGAUCAUUACCAUGCAAACAAUGAAUCUGAUUCAUUCAACACAUUUGUUUCAAAUUAUUACAAAAUUAAUGAAAAUGACAUUCAAGAAUUUCUCACUCGAAAAGGACUCGCUUUCAGAACCGUCAUGAAUGAAAUUAUCAUCAAAGAUUGUCCAUUUUGUCAUGACACAAAAGGAAAAAUAACAAACUUGUGGAAGCUCUAUAUUCACAGACAUACUGGUGCUUAUUUUUGUCAUCGAUGUGGCUCCAAAGGAUCAUGGUUUGAUUUCAAGACUAGUUUUCACAAAGAUUCGAUUAUUUCCACCCUUCAUUCCGAAUCUUCGUCUUCUUUACGACAAUUUCAGAACUCGAAACAAAAUGGUAUCUCUCCCACCACAAACACACAACAAAAACGUCGAGACAAACCCACGAAGAAAGAAUUUGAGUUUUUUAGAAAUAAUUUUGAUGGACCUGAUUUUCCUGAAGCAGUUCAAUAUUUGGAAAAAGUUCGUGGUAUUAAGAAGGAAGUUGCAAAACUGUAUGGAGUUGGUUGUGGAAUCUUUCCAUUCAUGAAGACUGUGAAACGAACUCUAAAAAAUACUGACACUCAUAAUAAUACGAGUAGUAAUCACACAAAAGAAGAAACUCCUGAUUUGGAAGAAGUUGAAACUUUGGAACGAGUGAAUGAACUUUGUUUCACAUUUCCAAUGUAUCGACCCACAAAAACCACCACUGAACCUUCUCUUUCUCGACACAAAUUUAGAUCCAUUCAAGAUAAGACAUGCAUGAGAUUGGAUCCUCCACAGACCAAUCAUUGGGGACUCUUUGGAUGGCAUCUCAUUGAACAACAAUUACAAAAAGAAGACAAGUCUCUCAGUAGUAGUAGUAGUAGUAGUAGUAGUAGUGGUAAAACAUUGGCCAAUGAUGCACGCUUGGGAGGAAGAAAGGAUCCCAAACAUGAGAAACGAAUCAUUAUUACAGAAGGAGAAUUUGACGCCAUGGCAGUCUAUCAAAAAACAGGAAUUACAGCCGUGUCUCUUCCCAAUGGAUGUCGAUCAUUGCCCAUUGAGGUCAUUCAAUGGUUGGAACCUUUUGAUAAGAUUUAUUUGUGGAUGGAUGAUGAUGUCCCAGGACAACAAGGUGCUGAAAUGUUCUCCAAGAAACUCGGAGUUGGACGAUGUUAUAUUGUUCAUUCAAGUUAUAGAGAGGAGGAAGAUCUCGAGAUGAUGAAUGAUGGCUCUGAAGAUGGUUUCGAGGCAAGUGCAUUAAAGAAAAGAACGCAAAAGAAACCCAAAGAUGCAAAUGAUGCACUUUUGGCAGGUUUAGAUUUCCAUCGAUUACUCGAAGAGGCAGCUCCCAUUCCACACGAACGCAUUCUUUCCUUUGAUUCUUUCAAACAACAAGUGUAUCGAGAGUUUUUUGACAAGUCUGAACAAGUGAAUGGUAUUCAAUCUCACUUUUUCCCAACCCUGAACAAAAUUUUGAAAGGUUUCAGAAGAGGAGAAUUGACCAUUGUCACUGGAGCAACAGGUAUUGGUAAGACCACUGUUCUUUCACAACUUUCACUGGAUUACUGCAAAUAUGGAAAUGUACCAACGUUGUGGGGAUCCUUUGAGAUUAGAAAUCAUCGAUUGAUUAAAAAGAUGAUGUGCCAAUUAGCAGGAAAGGACUUGUCGAUCAAUCAUGCGAUGGAAAGAGAGUAUAAAAAACAAGAAAAAUUGCAAUUACAAGUUUUAGAGCAAGAAAUAGAAGAAGAAGAGGUGAGCAUGUUUGAUAAUUUUGAUAACCCUGAUGGAGAUCCUAUGAGUUUAAUGACCAACAAUGAAGAGGCGCCUCUAGCACCUUUGAAAAAAAAGAAAGCAAAACCUCAAAAGUUAACAACCUCAUAUCCACCAAAACAAUAUUCACCUGAGGAACUUAAACGUGAAUUUGAGCUGAUCAGUGAACAAUUCUCAGAACUACCCAUGUAUUUCCUUAAUUUCUAUGGGUCGACGGAUAUUGAUGAAUUAUUGGAUGCUAUGGAUUAUGCAGUUUAUGUGUAUGAUGUUGGACAUAUUGUGAUUGAUAAUUUACAAUUCAUGAUGUCCACCGCAGAUGCAAACUCUUUCUCGAAUAGAUUUGAAAUGCAAGACAGAGCGAUUGAAAAGUUGAGAAAAUUUGCAACAACCAAAUCAGUGCAUGUGACUCUUGUAGUCCAUCCGAAGAAGAUUGACGAGAAGGAACAAUUGCAAAUAUCAAGCGUAUUUGGAACUGCUAAGGCCACCCAAGAAGCUGACAAUAUUAUCAUGAUUCAACGAAACAAGUAUUACAAGUAUUUACAAGUUAAAAAGAAUCGAUUUGACGGUACUCUUGGAAUUAUACCGUACAAAUUUGAGAGACAUCGAGGAGAACGAAUUACAGAACUUUCAGAGAAGGAAAUUGAACUAGUUGAGAAUGGUCAGCUUGAGAUUGACUAUGAAUAA